AUGGCCCCCUCCCCCGACAUACCAAGUAUGGCUGUGUUGUCGACGUUUGUGUCCUCCAACAAAGCAGAUGUUUUCAAGUGUCACUCUAUCGAUGAGCAAACCUUCAUCGCGCCUCCAUACGCUUGCUCAUAUUCUCAUGGUGCCAAGAGGGGGCUUACGCCACACCUAGCCGUAGCAACAGAGCAAGGAACCAUUCACAUCCUAAACACCUCGAAACGAGAAGAUUGGGAUGCAGAACCACAGCGGACGUCAUUCCAACCCCAUGCGAAUGGAGUGUUCGACGUUCGCUGGUCCCUUUCCGAUUCCCUCCUUGCUACUGCAUCUGGUGACCAAAGCGUUCGGAUAACCACCCUCGCCUCCUCAGUCGCAACGGCGGACCGGACUCUCCAUGUUCUCCACGGCCACCAAGGCACUGUCAAGUGUGUUGCUUGGGAUCCCAGUCAUGACGGCGAUAUCCUCUGUACUGGCGGUCGAGAUGGCAGCAUUUGCUUAUGGGAUCUGCGAGCUGGGGAACGGCGGCUCGACAACGGCUCCCUUGCACCAGUACUCACCGUUUCCAAGGCGCACGAUGACCUCGCGAAGAUUCCCAAGUCCAAGAGCAGAGGCAGGAAACUCGUUCCGAAUGCGCCGCUGAAGAGCAUCACACACCUGCUCUACACCGAUGUCCAUCCACAUGGCAUUGUCAGCAGCAGUUCCUUCGACGGCAUCGUGCACCUCUGGGACGUCCGCCUCCCCACCGCCUCCCCCACCAAAUCCUCCCGAUCCACUAAACCCCCUCGCCCCGCUCCCGUCCUCACCAGCGCCGACCCGACCACCGCGGCCGACACCCGACGCCCCCGCGGGCUCACCACUCUUGCGCUCGGCUCCGGGCCCACCGCCGGGCUCCUCUACGCGCUCAGCAACGACGCGCGCGUGCACACCUACGCGCUCCCCACCCUCGCCCCGCUCUCCGGCGCCGCGCCAGGCGCGGACCCGUACGCGUUCGCGGACCCGCGCAUGCAGACCAACUCGUUCUACGUCCGGCUCGCCGCGUCCCCGUGCGGCCGCUGGCUCGCGAGCGGCAGCGUCGUCGACGGCGUCGCCGGCCGCGCGUACCUCUUCGAUGCCGCGGCCGCCGCGUCGGCGCGUCGCGCCUGGGAGGUCGGCCGUUCGAGCUCGUCGAGUCUGGGCGCGGGGUGCACGAACACGGGCGUGGAGCUGCGCGGGCAGAUGGGCGAGGUGGGGGCGCUGGACUGGGCGGACGGGAUUCUUGCGACGUGUGCGGACGAUGGGACAGUGAGGGUGUGGAGACCCGAUGUGGAGAUCGCCCGGCGAUGUGCGGAAGAGUCUGAGGAGAUGAAGUGGGAGUGGUCCUGCGCAUCGGCAUAG